AUGUCGAACUACAAAAUGAAGAGCUUCUUGAAGGGCUUUAGGUAUAUUUCUCAAAUAUUCGAAUACGAGAAAGAGCAAGAGAUGCAAAUCGGAAACCCAACCGAUGUAAAACAUGUUGCACACAUUGGUUGGGAUGGAGGCUCUGUCAAAAAUCAAAAUUCGCCUAGCUGGAUGAAUGAUUUUAAAGCAUCGGGUGGAUCGCCUCUAGGAAAUUAUAUCAUAGAGGAUGCCUCUUGCAUUUCUGAAGAUUCAACUCGAUCACGUGACAUACCAAGAUCGUCAAGAGAUGGUUCGAACAAAGUGGAUUCACCAAUAAAAGGACGAUCACGACGUGGAACCUUAAAUCCUAGUGGGAAUCCAAAAACUUCACGGAGAUCAAAAGAAACUUGUGAUAACCCCUCUAGAAAAUCUCGUCGAAAAAGAACUAAAGAUAGUGGAAACGGUGGAUCGUCAAGAUCGUCAUGCAGAACACGUGGAUCACAGACAGAAUCUAUAAUGUCUGAUGCAGAAACAAUGAUAUCAAUCUCUAGUGGUGCUUAA